CUUGGUUUCUUUUUUGUUGUUGAAUGAUCCAAAUAUGGUAAAUAAAUGUGGUAAUGCUUCACUCUUCCAAUAAUUUUAUUUUGUUUUAGUGCCCACUUGGUUUUUUUUUUCUUGUUGAUUUUUAGAAUUUUCAUGGGGAGAAUCAAUUUUGUUAUUGAAAAGAUAUGUUGGUGUUGAAUCCAAAGUUUUUUGUGUUUUACACCCAAUGAAUAGAGCCUGAGAAGAGGGUGGAAAUGUAGAUGGAGAGAGCAGAGCUAUAAUCUCUAAAAUGAGCAGUAAAAUUGUAUAAACCUAUUCAUUAAAUGUUAUGUCUAUUUAUAGAGAUUUUAGUACAAUAAUGAUAUUACAUUUUAAUCCUCAUUUAGAGAGGGUCUGUAUUGGUGUUUCUGGCAUUUUGCAAGCGGCAAUUUAUCUCCCUGUUGCCUUUUGGUCCGGCUAAGCUUAGUUGACUUGGCUCCACUACAUUAGCUCGAUCAGUUGAUCCAACGUGGUUGACCAUCUUCUCUCUGGUAAGUAGUCUUUGAAUUUCUGUUGGAUGGUCGAAGAUACUUUGUGGAAUUGGCUCCCUUAUUAUGCCGACUCUACCACAUGAUGUUCUAUUGAAUUUAGCCGGCUAUUCUACAGUUUAUGGCCCGGAUGCCCUCCUGUCUCAUUCCCGGUCGAAUUGUUUAUACUCGGAUCGCUUUGUUUUAUUUUUUUUCCCAGCUUUUUGGCUAGGUCAUGUUCACUUGGCUCGUUCGGUCACAAUCUCUUUGCAGGGGAUUCUUCUCCAUCAUACUGCUCUCUUCUGGACCUUUAGAUUUGUAAGAUCGAUGUAGACAUCUUUUUGAUGUACAGUUAGGACUUGUUAAUCAUCUUUUCAAAAAUAUGAAGAAUGGGGAUUUAUAUACUUGCCAUUGAAUUUUUAUAUAUUUAUUUAUCUAAAAUCUAAAUUUGCUGUGUAAUUCUGAAAUAUUUUAGCGAAGUUUACUUACAUUACCACACGACUUCUAUGUAUUGUCAUGUCAAACACCUAAAGUUUGAUAUUUACAGUGACAACACUUUGUUGUCAUCAACCUUCCAAAUACUAGAGGCUAUGAUGAUUGAAUUCAGCAUGGAAGAAGAUCUUAUUUCUGUGGAUCUUUGCUUUACUCAUGCAAUGGUGGAGCAACUUGGACCUAUGCUUCUGCAAGUAAAUACCGCAACUAGUUUCAUAGUUUGGAUGGCCCGUGCAUCUUUGCGCAGCUACUGCAUGUAUGUCGUGUUGACUAAGUUGGUUGGAUCUUUUUCAGAUUGGAAUAGAGAGAGACUGCGAAAGAAAACCAGAUUUAUGACAUCAAAUUCUUGAGCCGAGGAGGCAAAGCUGGCUGUAAACUUUCUUUUGUUUGAACCAAAGGCCGAGUUUCUACUCUCAAUUUUCGAAAAAAAAGAGAAAUAGUUGAAUGAAUUAUCAUUUUCGUGUUGGAUAUGUAAAUCCAUAAGAAUUAAGUGGUGGCUAAUUUGUUAACAUAUAUGUUUUGUUCCGAUGUAAAUUCUAUGGUUUUAUUUAUGUGGUUGGAGAAUAUA